AUGGGAUCAAUACAUUCUUCACAAAAGACGGUUGUUGAACCCAAGCCGGAGGAGGUUUACAAAGUUGAAGAGCAGCCGGUUGACGUGCAGCCGAAAGAAAAUGUUUCGGUAACAGAGGUUGUGGUGCCAGCCACAGAAACACAAACAACACCUGAGCAGCCAGAGCAGUCACAGAAGGAGACACAAUGCGACGAGUCCUCGAAACAAAGCAUCCAAGACACCGUUGUGAUUGACGCGGCCGACGCCCAGCAGACCGUGGCUGUUGAUGCCGUUGAGAACAUACAUCCUUCCAACCCAACACCUGCUUCUGCAUCCUCCACCACCCCCAUCGACCUCCAUUCCCUCGCCUACGACGACCUCCCCGACAAGCGCCGCGUCUGGCCCGGCGCGCCUGGCUCGCGCGAGGAAGGCCUGGGCCGUCUUUGCCUUUUGACCCCAGACGUCGUGGCCGCCGCGGCAGCCUCGAGCAUCCGCACUGGCCAGCGUGUCGCCCUCAACUGGGACCUCACCAAGCUUGAUGUCGCCAACUUCAACCGCGCGCCCACGCAGCACCACAUCACGUCGCUGCUGGGCGGCGCCGGCUUCGACGACGUCUACAUUUUCAACCCGCAGCAGUCGUCGCAGUGGGACGGCCUGCGUCACUUUUCGUCGCCGUACCCAGGCGCGGACCAACGCCUGUUUUACGGCGGCGUGACCGCGUCCGACAUUGCCGACCGCGCCAACACGCGCAUUGGGAUGCAGCACUGGGCGCAGGAGGGCAUUGUGGGCCGCGGCGUGCUGCUGGACUACGCCGCAUACGCCGCGACGCACCUGCCGGGCCUGCAGUACAAGGCCCUGAGCGACCACGCCAUCCCCCUGCAUGUGCUCCAAGACGUGGCGCGCGCGCAGCACGUCACCUUUGCGCGCGGGGACAUUCUGUUUGUGCGCAUCGGCCUGACGCGCGAGUGGGACACGCAGAUGAGCCCGGCCGACAAGCUGGCCUACGCGCAGAGCCCACACCCACAGCACGCCGGCGUCGAGGGCACCGAGGAGAUGCUGCGCUGGAUCUGGGACACGGGCUUUGCGGCGGUCGCCGGCGACGCCGUCUCGUUUGAGGUGUACCCGCCGAAAACGUCGUACGCGCGCGAGGGCGGGCAGCCGGACGUGCCCGGCCUCUUCAUGCACGAGUACUUGCUGCCCGCCUGGGGCGUGCCGGUGGGCGAGCUGUUUGACCUCGAGGCGCUCAGCCGCAUGUGUGCGCAGCACCAGCGCUGGACUUUCUUCGUCACGAGCUCGCCUCUGAACAUGCCCGGCGGCGUUAGUAGUCCGCCAAACUGCCUGGCCAUCUUUUGA